AUGCCCACCUUGGCAUUUGGUGGCACCGCUCGUAAAUAUGGAACUCAUUAUAGUGGUACUGUAACUGUAGAUUCUGAUUAUUUCAUGGGGGUUAAUAUUAUUUUUCAGGUAUUUACCGUUAAUAUCCUUUUUAAGAAUACUGCACCAAAACCCCAAUCGAACAAGCCGGGAGGUCAGGCAGUUGCAUUAAGAAUUAAUGGUGACAAGGCAGCUUUCUAUAACUGCAAAUUUCUUGGAUUUCAAGGCACAUUAUGUGAUGAUAGAGGACACCACUUUUAUAGAAAUUGUUACAUUGAAGGCACUGUUGAUUUUAUUUUCGGAAGAGGAAGAUCACUUUAUUUGGAAUCGCAUCUAAAUGUAGUAGAUAAUAAGGAUUUGACAUUCAUCACAGCACAAGGAAAGGAGGAAAAAUCAGAAAAUUUUGGUUACUCAUUCGUACAAUGCAAAAUAACUGGAAGUGGAUCAGGAUCAUUUCUGGGACGAGCAUGGAGGAAGAUUCCACAGGUGAUCUUCUCUUAUACUGAAAUGGGUGCUGUUGUUAAUCCUCUUGGAUGGUCAGACAAUAGGCAACCUGAUAGGGACAGCACGGUUUUCUUUGCAGAAUAUAAGAAUUCAGGACCUGGAUUGAAUCAUAAAGGACGUGUUAAAUUCACCAAGCAGCUAAAGGAUGCCCAAGCCAAAAACUUUCUCUCUCUUGGCUACAUUCAGGAUUCUAAAUGGUUGCUUCCACCUCCAAAGUAA